AUGAUUCAUGGACGGUGCGUGGGCGCUGCGGUCAGGGGUUCCUCGUUUAAUUUUUGCUGUCGCUGUGGGGGUCUGGCCGUGCAGAUGUGGCAUCGCGCUGGAUGAGGAAAAAGUGAGGGCUGCAUUGGCUGCCCUGCAAGAUUCAGAUGGUGGUAACAGGAGGAAACACUCUCUUGGGCUUCGGCAACUGCAAGAAGAGUUGAAUCGCUUGGAGCGAGACAGUGACCGAGACCGGGACGGAGACCGUCCCGAUGCCACGCUUGGAAAUGACGAAAAAGAAGAAGACGUCGACAACGAGUCUUGCGAUGAGAGCAAUGGAAGAGUCUUG